AAAUCACCUUGGUAUCUUGAUACCCAUAAACCAAACACGAAAGCAGCGUACCCAACAGUCACGUUAAUUUACGAGUUUUGAGAGUUCUGUUUAAUAUGACAUGCCCUGGAAAACUUUCAUAUAAAAUACGUGAAUUACGACAAAUGUGUCUGUUCCAACCGGAUGCAUGUGAUGUGUGUAACAGUCAGAAGGAAAAAAUUGAAGUCAUGUGUUUGUGUGAUUGUGAUACUUCUAAUUUUCAGACUGAUUGCUAGAUAUGUCCUCUCGAAGAAUAUCGGAGAACUUUCAGACCUAGGAAAGUGCCCUGCAUGUUACGGGGUUGAUUUGUGCCCGAUUUUGUUGGGAGAUGGCAUUAAAUUAAUCAAUUUUGAUAGUCUAGCGUCGGUGAUUAAUAUUAUAGGAUAUAAGAACGUAUGGUUUGGAACGUAUAAAAACGCAAAGAUUGUGGUUAAGAAGUUGGGUAGCGAUUGGGAACUAGAACAACUUGAUAAUAAACUUUGUGGGAACGAGGGGCGUAAUUGCAACGUCACUAGUUCCGUUUCUCAUGUCACAAAUUUAUCAGUGAUUGAAAAUUAUAUGAAGAGUCUCACAAGUCGUGAGGGUUCAGUGAAUGACGUUCUGUCAGGUGAUUUUUAUGUAUGUCCAACAACAUCUGGGGUUAACAGGCUGUUACAGCAUGUAAAAUUAAGGAAUGAAGCUAUAGAUACAAAGACAUUUCUACAAAAUGUAUGGACAAUUAUGCAUAUAAACCCAGAACCUCUCAUCCUUCAGAUUCUACCAAAGGAAGAUGGUUGGCCAGUUCCAUUUUAUUAUGGUGCCUGUGGCAGGCUCAUAAUAGAAGAAUAUGCUGGAGAAACAUUAACAACAUAUUACACAAAACCGUGGUUAGAAAGGGCAAAACUUGCUGAAAAGCUUCUUGUUGCUGCCAAGAAGUUAACAAAUGACCACCCAGGUUUCAGAUUUUAUCUGACAGAUGUCUCACCUGACAACAUUGCAGUAGACGCCAGUGGUAGUGUAUACUUCAUUGACUUGGAAGAUGUAAUCAUUGUGGACAGGAAUAUUCCAGACCAUGAAAAACCAGUUUCUUGGACGUCUCAACAUGUGAGUGAACUGUAUGAAUGCGCAAGUUGUUUCACUUUUUCACGGAUUGAAAUUUGCAACCAUCAUAUCAGUGAUCAUAAUUUGUAUGCUGUUUGCCAGCAUUUGCUAUCACCAAAAGCAGUGCCUGGUAUUAUGCCAGGAGGACUUCUCCACAGUACUCCAUAUCUUGUGUUAGAGAAUUAUCCAGACCUACUUUUUAUUUACUUAUUUCUGACCACAAAUGAUGAAUACACACAUAUGCCAAUCCCUUUCUCAUCUACUUAUCACUCUGGUUACUUUUAUAACUUCAAGCACUCACCCUACUUCACUUGAUUCACUAGCUUCCACUCAACCCUCAACACAACCGUAAGAGCUCCAAAAGACUAGAUAUCUUACUAUUGUAACUAUAUAAUUAACACCACAGAUGACCAGGAUUAGCAAUGUUUGAAUAAAAAUAGUGUUUGCACCUAAACGCAGUUACACCAAAAUAAUUCCUUUAAGGAAUGAAUAUUUACAAAGUAAACCAGCUUAAGUACAUCAAAGUCCUGGUGGUGGACAAUAUUUUGUUUAUAAAGGAGCUGCAUUCAACCUCUUACAGAGGUAAUGAACAGGUGUUUCACUUCUGAAAAAUUCAGGUAUUUCAGAGGAAACGAUGUCACUCCUAGAAGAGUUGUUUGUGGAUGCAUUGCAUCCUACUGCAGAUUAAAUUAAGCAUACCAGCUGUGGACAAAUUACUGCUUUGUUUCUAUUCGUUAUUUAUUUUAUUGUCAAGUUCUUGACCUUUUCUAUGCUAUAUGGUCUUUAGCUGAUUGAAUCCAUGUUGUUCUUGCAUUUUUUCUUACACCACCUACCCACCUUCCUUUAGAUGAUUGUCG